GUGCAAAGGGCCAGGUCUUGAGGGCUGUCCAAAUGGCUCCAAAAUCCCAUCCAUCGCAGCUGGUGUUGUUGGAGGGCUCCUGUGCUUGGUGGUAGUCGGCUUGGGCAUUGGCCUUUACUUGCGGAGACGCCACAUUGUCAGAAAGAGGACCCUGCGGCGGCUGCUGCAGGAGAGGGAGCUUGUUGAACCACUGACACCCAGCGGAGAGGCACCAAACCAGGCUCAUCUGAGAAUUUUAAAGGAAACAGAAUUUAAAAAGGUCAAAGUUUUAGGCUCUGGAGCUUUUGGCACUGUUUAUAAGGGACUUUGGAUCCCAGAAGGAGAGAAGGUUAAAAUUCCUGUGGCUAUUAAGGAGUUGAGAGAGGCUACCUCACCAAAAGCCAACAAGGAAAUACUUGAUGAAGCUUAUGUGAUGGCUAGUGUUGACAAUCCUCAUGUGUGCCGCUUGUUGGGAAUCUGCCUCACUUCCACUGUCCAGCUCAUCACACAACUGAUGCCUUAUGGUUGCCUCCUUGAUUACAUCCGAGAGCACAAGGACAACAUUGGUUCCCAGUACCUUCUCAACUGGUGUGUGCAGAUUGCAAAGGGAAUGAAUUAUUUGGAGGAGCGUCGCCUGGUGCACCGUGACCUUGCUGCCAGGAACGUCCUUGUUAAGACUCCUCAACACGUGAAAAUCACAGACUUUGGGCUGGCAAAGCUGCUCGGUGCUGACGAGAAGGAGUAUCAUGCCGAGGGAGGCAAGGUUCCUAUUAAAUGGAUGGCCUUGGAGUCUAUUUUACAUCGGAUUUACACUCAUCAAAGCGAUGUCUGGAGUUAUGGUGUGACAGUUUGGGAGCUGAUGACAUUUGGGUCCAAGCCGUAUGAAGGGAUCCCUGCCAGUGAGAUCUCCUCUGUCUUGGAGAAGGGCGAGCGUUUGCCCCAGCCCCCCAUCUGCACCAUCGACGUGUACAUGAUCAUGGUCAAAUGCUGGAUGAUCGAUGCAGACAGUCGUCCCAAGUUCCGUGAGCUGAUAGCAGAGUUCUCAAAAAUGGCCCGUGACCCUCCACGCUAUCUCGUUAUACAGGGAGACGAUAGGAUGCACCUGCCCAGCCCUACAGACUCCAAGUUUUAUCGCACCCUGAUGGAGGAGGAGGACAUGGAAGAUAUAGUGGAUGCCGAUGAGUAUCUCGUGCCACACCAGGGCUUUUUCAACAGCCCUUCAACAUCCCGCACUCCUCUCUUGAGUUCACUGAGUGCUACUAGCAACAACUCUGCUACAACCUGCAUUGACAGGAACGGGCAGGGGCAUCCUGUGAGGGAAGACAGCUUUGUCCAGAGGUAUAGCUCAGAUCCCACAGGCGCUUUCUUGGAGGACAGCAUAGAUGAUGGCUUCCUGCCAGCCCCAGAGUAUGUAAACCAGUUGGUGCCCAAGAAAACAUCUGCCUCAGCAGUCCAGAAUCCAAUCUACAACAACUUCUCUCUCACAGCAAACUCAAAGGUCCCCACGGACUCCAGCUACCAGAAUUCACACAGCACAGCUGUGGACAACCCUGAGUAUCUCAACACCAACCAGUCUCCACUGGCCAAGACAGUCUUCGAGACCUCUCCUUACUGGAUCCAGGCGGGCAACCACCAAAUAAAUCUGGACAAUCCUGACUACCAGCAGGACUUCUUACCGAAGGAAACCAAACCUAAUGGUCUCCUGAAAGUUCCAGCGGCAGAAAACCCGGAGUACUUGAGGGUAGCAGCACCAAAAAGUGAAUACAUUGAAGCCUCGGCAUGACCAUAGAGGAUUUCUUCUUGCAGUGAGGCAAGCCAGACCCUUGGUGAACUACCUGGCUGCUGCAAGAACAGACGCUUGCUCAGAGCGAACGGCAACC